AUGAAACAUUUCUUCUUCCUAACACUUCUCCUUAUUGUCCUUUCAAAAGAACAGAUUGAAGAAAUUGAUGGUGUAUUAUAACUAACAAGAAAAAAUUUCUAAUAAGCUAUCAAUGAGAAUCCAAGAUUAUUAGUAAAAUUCUAUAUCGAAGAAUGCAAAUAUUGGUAUUGAUAUUAAACUAAUCUUAAAAAGUGGAUAGAUGAAACCAGUCUUUAUUAAAUUAGCAGAGAUGUUAAAAGAAUAUGGAUUUGUUUUAGGUGAAGUAAAUGCUUAAGAACAUAAAGUUUUGGCAGCAAAAAAUAAUGCAAAAUCUUAUCCAACCCUUAAACUUUUCAAAGAUGGUGUUUCUUAAGAUUUUCCUAACUCUUCAGAUUCAGUCUAAUUAUUAUUUGAGUUUGCCCUCUAAAAUGCUUAUAAUUAGUUUACUAAUUUAUAGACAUAAGAAGAAGUAUAUAAUAUUUAAUAAAGUUUAGAUUGAUUUAUUUAUAAAAAGAUCUAAUUUUGCUAUACUUAAAUAUGUUAAUAAUGAUGAUGAUUUACAAUUAUUAGCUAAGGAUGAUUUAGGAAUUAAAUAUGGUAUUGUUGUAAAUCCAGAACUUUAAAAGGCUCAUCCAUCAAAAUACACAUUAUAUCACAAAGAACUGCCUUAACUAUUAAAUUAUGAUGGUGAAUUUAAUGGAUUAUAAGAAUGGAUAUCAACAAAUGGUUAUUUAGAUAUAUUUUCAUUUACAGAGUAAGAAUUUCUUAAAGCAGCGAAAGAUAAAAUAAAUUUAGUAGGAGUUAUUGGUGUUAAAAAUAGUCCUUUAAGUGAAACUUUAAAUAAGUUGGCAGAAUAAUAUAAAAAUAAAAUUAGAUUUGUUCUUAUUGAUCCAAAUUAAGAAUUACCUCAAAAAAGAUUAUAAUAUUUAAUUAAGAAGAAAUCUUUACUAAAAAAUGUUAUUUAUUUUUAUAAUUAUAAGUAAUUUAUUAGAUUUAAAUUUAAUAGUACUUAAAAAACUAAGACUGCUUAGUUUGAAGAGGAGUCAUUAGAAACAAAUGAAUAAAUCUUUUAGAAUUUAAUUACAGAAUUGAUUAAUGGUAAAGAAACUAUAAAAUCUGAAUUUGAAAAAUAUUUCUAAGGAGAUGGAGAUGUACAAGUUUUAACAAGUGAGAAUUUUAAUGAAUAAGUAUAUGAGAAUCCAAAUCAUGUAUUUGUUAAAUUUUAUGCUCCUUGGUGUGGUCAUUGCAAAUAAUUAGCACCUAUUUAUGAAGAAUUAGCUUAAGAAUUAGGUAGAUAAGAUAUUGUGAUUGCUGAAGUUGAUUAUACAGUUCAUAGAAUUCAAGGUAUUGAUAUUUAAGGAUAUCCUACUUUAAUAUUUUUUAAGUCUGAAGGAAAUUAAAAGAAAUAAAUAAUGUUUGAUGGAGCAAGAUCAGUUGAUGGAAUGAAACAUUUCUUAUUGAAAUAAUUAGAUAAUAAUUAAUCAGAAAAUUAAUUAACAGAAGAAUCAUUAAAAGUUAAUGAAUCUGAUAGAGUUGAAAUUCCUAAUGAUGGAUAAGUUAUUUAAUUAACAUCUGAAAAUUUUGAAUAGAUUGUUUUAAAAAGUAAAUAAGAUGUAUUUGUCAAAUUUUAUGCUCCUUGGUGUGGACAUUGUAAAGCUAUGUCAGCAGAAUAUGUAAAAUUAGCAGAAUCAUAUAAAAAUAGUGAAAAUGUUUUAAUUGCUGAAUUAGAUGCAACUAUUCAUAAAAUUCCAAUUGUUGAAAUCAAAGGAUUUCCUACUUUAAUUCAUUUCAAGAAAGAUAGUACUAGGGUGUAAUAAAUAUAAUAUAAUGGUAAAAGAACUGUAGAAGCAAUAAAAGAGUUUAUUGAAGAUAAUGGUAUUUCUGCUUAAAAAUAAGAUUUGUGA